CGCCACUCGCGGGGAUUGACCUUCCCUUGUUUUCAAUGCCGCUGUCAAAGUUGAUCACUGGGGCGCUGCUCGGCGAUGGAGAGAAGGGAAGAGGAGGAGGAGGAAGAGGAAGGAGAAGAAGAGGAAGCGGGAGAGGGGGAUUAUUAUUAGUAGUCCAGUCCUAGCCAGGACACAGCGGAUCCCUGUAGAUCUAGGCGAUCGGUUCAGCAAAUAAGGAGAGGGCUAGGGAGGCGGCGCAGUGGAGAGAGAGGAAGGAGCAGCCGGCAAAGGCAGAGAAGGAAGGACUGGGGGCUUGGCUCAUCCCUCUCUCUCUCUCUCUUCCCGCCGUCUGAUCCUCCGAUCCCCAAGCUAGAGCUUUCCUCCUGCCCCUGUCUCUCUUUCCUCCUCCUCUUCCUCCCCCCCCCUUCCCCCAACCAUGACCGUUUCGGGUUUCACCUCAUAAAGAUGGCGGUGGGGGAUCGCUGCAACCUUUAGACUCAUGACUGUCAGAAACAUCGCCUCCAUUUGUAAUAUGGGCACCAAUGCCUCUGCUCUGGAAAAAGACAUUGGACCAGAGCAAUUUCCACUCAAUGAACACUACUUUGGACUGGUCAAUUUUGGGAACACCUGCUACUGUAACUCGGUCUUGCAAGCCCUAUAUUUUUGCCGGCCAUUUCGGGAAAAUGUGCUGGCAUAUAAGGCCCAGCAGAAAAAGAAGGAAAACCUCCUGACUUGUUUAGCGGACCUUUUCCAUAGUAUUGCUACCCAGAAGAAAAAGGUUGGGGUGAUCCCACCCAAAAAAUUCAUCUCACGGUUACGAAAGGAGAAUGAUCUCUUUGACAACUACAUGCAACAAGAUGCCCAUGAGUUUUUGAACUACUUGCUCAACACUGUUGCCGACAUUCUGCAGGAGGAGAAGAAACAGGAAAAGCAAAAUGGCCGACUAAGAAAUGGCAACAUGAAUGAAACGGAAGAGAACAAUAAGCAAGACGUCACCUGGGUGCACGAGAUUUUUCAGGGAACACUAACUAAUGAAACGAGAUGCUUGAACUGUGAAACUGUUAGUAGCAAAGAUGAAGAUUUUCUUGAUCUUUCUGUUGAUGUAGAACAGAACACUUCAAUUACUCACUGCUUAAGAGACUUCAGCAACACAGAGACCUUGUGUAGUGAACAGAAGUACUACUGUGAAACGUGCUGUAGCAAACAAGAGGCACAAAAAAGGAUGAGGGUCAAAAAGCUACCGAUGAUCCUUGCAUUGCAUCUGAAGAGAUUUAAAUACAUGGAGCAGUUACACCGGUACACCAAGCUCUCUUACCGUGUGGUAUUCCCACUGGAGUUACGUCUCUUCAACACAUCUGGGGAUGCUAUCAAUUUGGAUCGCAUGUAUGACUUGGUAGCUGUGGUAGUUCACUGCGGCAGUGGACCUAACCGUGGACAUUAUAUUACUAUUGUGAAAAGUCAUGGCUUUUGGCUUUUGUUCGAUGAUGAUAUUGUAGAGAAAAUUGAUGCGCAAGCUAUUGAAGAAUUCUAUGGUCUGACUUCUGAUAUAUCAAAAAAUUCAGAAUCUGGAUAUAUUUUAUUUUAUCAAUCGAGAGAGUGAUGGGGAAGACCGAAUUUUUCCAAUUGGAGAGGAGAAACUGACCAACACUGUUAACUGACUCCCAUGUAGACCCAUCCAAUACAGUCCCAUCUGAUUUCAUCUCUAAAAUUGCUGACCGAAACUCCUGAUUAUAUCCUGCCAUAUUUUUCGCCUGAUUCUCAUUUAACUGCAAGAACAGCAAAUUCAUACAGACUCAUAUCCAUCUGUCAAUCCUGCUGAAUUGAGGUAGAAUAUUGGAUAGGUGUUUUUGCGUCACCAUUAAGGACCAUUUCUUCAUAGUACGUAAAGAACCAUUCCUUAACUUAGUGGUUUCCAAGUUCUGUUCUGAGGGAUCUGGGAUUCCUCAGAUGCUUUUCAGCAGUAAUGGUGGUCAUGCAUCAGAGCCAGCUUCAAGGACUGGCAUUGUCAGAUAGCUGCUAGUAUCCAUACCCAUACAGGAGGCUUGCUGCUGAUACAUGAAAUUGGCCCAUCCUGUUUCUUUUUAUCUUUGCUGUCAUUGCUUGUUCGCUUGCCUUCAACUGCAAUGAUAAAACCAAGGACAAGGAGCAGCCUCCACAGGCCUUCUCCUCCCCUUCUGACCUGUAGUUGUGGAUCUGGCCCAGAGAGAAGGGGAAUCAAUGGACAGUGCCAUAGAGGUGAGUCUGAGGAGGCAGCAGAUCACUUCAAAAUCUGACGCCAGCAUUGACUUGUUCCACCUAGGAUCUUUUGACUUGAAUUCCCAUCAUCCCAUAUACUGCCCAUUAUAGCUCUGGGUUAGUUAGCUCCAGAGAGAGUUUGCCCAUAACUACUGAUCUUUGCCUGAAAAGGGCAAUUGCAAGGAUUUCCGGAGGCACACAUUCUGGGGAGAGCAGAACCCCAGCAGUCCUGCUCAGCUCUCCAUGGGAAAUAAACAUGCAGAGGUACCGUGGAGCAAAAAUGCUCAAAGGUUACUAGGCAGAACCAUUGAUAGAAAAAGGUAGAAACUCUGGAAAGUACAGCUUUAAAUGUCUAUUGAAAUAUAACUCCAGUUCAUGCUAAAUGGGAAAGGGGGAUAUAUUUAUACAUUUCAUAACUGUCGGAGCUAGAGUUGGAUUAUGGAUUAUGUCACAUGACAUUCUCCAGAUAGAAAAUCAUUCUCUCCUGAUCCUUUUAAGCUUUGGGCUAUUUGAAAAAAGAAAUAAAAUUGUCAACUUCAAGGCACAGACUUAGGCGAAGGGAUUUCAGUCCCAGUUGAACCAAAUCCUACUGCACGGCCAGUCUUCCUGUUUAUCAUGGGAUGGCACCCAGGAACCAAACUGGUCCUCUGGAUUCCCACUGUUUCAAAAGCUUUAGGUGGAUUUUGCACUGAAUAGGGGAAACUGCUUCUCUGUAUUACUUCCACUGUGUAAUGUAGUGAUAGAAUCUUUUUGAACCCAAAGAAAUGCCCCCAAGUGUCAUUCUUACUUUCCCAAGUUUGCCCCUUGUCUGGGUGUCAUGCUUAUCGAUUGGUUGUGCAAUCCUGUUCAGCAAUAAUGGGCAAGAUCCAAAGUUCAGUAGUACUCAAGCACACAAAUAGAGCUCCAUAGGUGCAACAGUUCAUUGUUUUCUUAUGUGGUAGCAAUUAUGUCUUGUGCAUAUCAAAUAUCCUGCAUGCACAAUGCAUGCACUGGAUUUAAGUGAGCAUGUCUUGCAGAUGUGAAGCUUUUGGCAGGUUGCGUUGAUUUUAUUGAGAACUAAAUGACAUGGCAUCAGCCAGGAUGGAGCCAUUUUUGUUGUUGUUUUGGUCUUCUGCAGUCAUGRAUACUCAUUUCCCUUUAGAA